UGAUAAUUUCGGUCGGAAAAGGCGUCAAUGUGAAUCACUAUUGUGCAAGAAUUAUAGGCCUAAGGAAGGAAAUAAAUUUAAGUGAGAAUGUAAAGUGAUGGUUCGUGGGAUAUCACAAUAGGCGCGUUGUUUCCAGAUAUACUGGCUCUCUUCUUCCCUGCCUGGUUGGGUUGAAUUCAGCAGACCUGCUCCGCUUGUCUCCUCUCAUCGUCUACACUAGUUUGCGGUCGAGUCUUCUAUGAAACGUUCCAGGGGUUGUAUCGCACAGGCUGGAAUGCUUUCUGCCCCGUUUGCUUACCCUACUGUUCAACGAAAGCCAGAUGCUGUCUGCGAGACAGAGUCGAGAGAGUUCUACCAGGUUUGCAGUCUACCGGGAAAUAUUACAGAAGGCAGUCAAAAUGAAAGAUUGCUGGCAUAACAUUGGGUAUGCGCGUUGCUUUUCAGUUUUACACACGUAAAAUAACGCACAUAUAAGCCGCAUAUAUUUUUUUCCAUGACAACAAAACCACCCUAGAGCUGACAUGGCCGUGACGGGUCACGUACACCAGCAAUUGUAAUUGUAACCGGACAGUAUAUAACGAAUAAAUCACUCAUUUGACAGAUUUUUUGUAAGUAUAAGCUCUUAGUCUUAUCUAGAUGUGAUAUAUUUAACAUUGCAUACAUAAUUUAUGAAAAUGGCAAAUAGUUUUGCUGCAACGUAUGCCCAUCAGUAUAAUUUUGAUCUCUGAAAUUAUUGCGCGUUAUAAUCUGGCGACGAAAUGUACAUAUCAGAAAAGGGUACUUUGAAACGUUGUGGCAGCAAGUUUUAUGCGCAUUUAGGAUUGCUCCCCGCCCGCCCCCCUGGAGCGCGCAGGGCAGGACAAAAUAAUUAGAGUCCCAGUGUGAGUCGGUCGUUCUGUCCUUGCUCUUUACCUUUUGCGUGGAAAAGAAGACGCAGCACUAGUGGACAGAUAUCCGAAAACAAUUGACGAGUUUAAAAAAACACUUUCGGGAUCGAACAAACUUUUCUUUUUUAAUAAAUCGCUCAUUUUUCCUCUCAAUGGGACCUUCUAUCGUGAUCAUCUUUGCUUUAUGCGGCUUUCUAAGUGGACAACCGAUCGAGCCGAUAUCGGUGGAGGAUUGCUGUAAGGAUGGGAAAGAUCGGGGGCUGCAGAGGCAAGACUGCACAGCCUUGCCCCUCAUUUCAGAAUCUACCACCUGCAGGAUAGCCCAGGAGCAGUGUUGUGCAGCGGUUCUGGAGGACACUGCCUGCACUAACGGCAUAAACGCGGCCAAGGACCAGGGCGCUUGCGAGAGCCUCUUGUCUGAAAGCACCUGCGAGACCAAAACAGCCAAGAGUUGCUGUGACUGUUGCCUGCUGGGUAAAGCCGCGCAGGAGCAGGGCCUGGGCUGUGACGUCAGCCUGACCGUUGGGUACCAGUGUGGGCUGGUGUUCCGUGCCUGCUGCGUGGAUGGCAACCCAGAGUCAGAGGCCACGGCCAAUACAACUGCAGUCCCAGCCAAAGGGAACCUGAAUCCCAAUGAAGGGGAUGACCCUCUCCUCUCUGACCAGUGCAAAGGAGCUGAAACGUGCCAGCAAAGGUGUACGGGUAAUGGCACUUGCAGUUGCUUCAAAGGGUACAGAAUGAAACUGGACCAGAAGAACUGUGAGGACAUUAACGAGUGCCUGCUGGGGUCCCAUCACUGUCGGGUCGGCGAGCGCUGUAUCAACACCUUGGGCUCGUACCGCUGCCAGCGUGAGGUCAGCUGCGGGACCGGCUACGAGCUCACUGACUCCAACAACUGCAAAGACAUCGACGAGUGCGAGACGGGAACCCAUAACUGCGUGGCGGAGUUUGAGUGCCAGAACACGCUGGGCUCGUUCCGGUGUCACCCGCGGGUGAAGUGUGGGGACGGAUUCAUCCAGGACGCUCUGGGCAGCUGCAUCGACAUAAACGAGUGUCUGAGCGACUCGGGGCCCUGUGCGUCGGGCCAGGUGUGCCUCAACACCGUGGGCUCCUACACCUGUCAGCGCAACACCAUCAACUGCGGCAGGGGGUACCACCUGAACGAGGAGGCCAUGCGCUGCACGGAUGUGAACGAGUGCUCGGGGUCCGACACGCCCUGUGAGGGUCACACCUGCAUUAACCUGGUGGGGACUUUCCGCUGUGACUGCAAGUCGGGGUUCAACUUCAACAGCCUGACCCGCACCUGCGAAGAUAUAAAUGAGUGCAGGCAUUUUCCUGGACGGCUCUGUGCACAUAAAUGUGAAAAUGUACAGGGGUCCUACGAAUGCAGCUGCAUGGUGGGAUUCCAACUGGCAGCCGAUGGCAGGAACUGUAACGAUCUCAACGAGUGUGAGAGUAACCCCUGCAGCCAGGAGUGCGCUAACGUGUACGGCUCCUACCAGUGCUACUGUCGCCGUGGCUACCAGCUUAGUGACAUCGACGGGAUCACCUGUGAAGACAUCGACGAGUGCGCCCUGCCCACCGGCGGGCACAUCUGCGCGUACCGCUGCGAUAACACCCCCGGAAGCUUCCAGUGCACCUGCCCCUCCCCCGGCUACACUCUCGCCUCCAACGGGCGUAGCUGCCAGGACAUCGACGAGUGUGUGACGGGUUCGCACGGCUGCUCCGACGCGGAGACCUGCUUCAACGUGCAGGGGGGGUUCCGCUGCCUGUCCUUCGAGUGCCCGCCCAACUACCGCCGCGCCGGGGAAACUCGUUGUGAACGUUUGGCUUGUAAUCAGACUCUCGAGUGCCUGGCCUUGCCCCAGAGAAUAACCUACUAUCACCUCACAUUCCCCACCAACGUGCCUGUGCCCACCAACAUCUUUCGCAUGGGGCCCUCCAAUUCGGUACCCGGCGACCAGGUGCAGCUAACCAUCGCCAACGGCAACGAGGACGGUUACUUCAGCACGCAGAAGAUGAGCACCGGCGGCGUGAUCGCCGUGCAACGGCCAAUCAUGCGACCCCGGGACUUCCUGCUCACCGUGGAGAUGAAACUGCUGCGUUACGGGACGCCCAGCAUCUACGUGGCCAGAAUCCGGGUCUUUGUCACACAGGACCUGUCCAGCCACCAAAAUAGCCUGUCCCAGGUUUAAGAGGACUGCAGUUUCGGCAGUCUGCCUUUACUGUGCCGUCUUUGUUCUACGUGAGCCUUAUUUCAUGCGUUAAAUGUUUCGAGGAUCAUUUUCCAGAUCAGAGCUCAGGCAAAUGGAAUGCUCUAGUUUGAUGUUUAUUUUUGACUCGGCCCCUAGAUGGCGGCCUUGGGCAACGAUAGAAACUCAGGUCAGAAGACCUGUGCCUGGUUUGGAUGUGUAGGGCUGUUUUUUUUGCGGAACAUUUUAGGGGUGUAGUUUUUACUGUUGGUCUUUUUUGUUUUGUUUUGUUUUUGUCUUUUAGGCUGACAUACUGUUUAAAUGUACUUUUUUCUAUUAAAACAAAAUCUCACCCAUACAAAUCGGUUGACCAAAUUAUGUUCUAAUAUUGUUCUGUGUAUUCUUUUGCUUCUUGCCAGCAUUUAUCUUGUCUUAAUGUGAUAUUGCAAUAUGAAUAGCAAACAACUUUGUUUUUUUUUCCUUUUGAAGUGGUGAAAGACAAUAGUUCUAAAACCCUGUUAUAAAUAUGAGCAUAUAGACAAGCCUCCAACACUUUACUUUCAUUCUUAGUUGACUCGAUAUAAAACCAGUUUUCCGGGAAUUUUUUGCAUUCAUUAUCAUUCGUUAUUAUCAUUCAUUAUCAUUCCUUUACUUUAUUCCCCAUUCCCCUCCCUCAGUUUGGAAUGCCCAAUCGUAUUCAGCAGCCACGCUCCUUGCUGCAACCUCCACUGCCAAUUCAGCAGACAAGCCUGUGCUGUCCUCUGAGACACGCGAUGAGCAGUAGGGGGGGGCACUGGUGAGAGAUGUGGUACUUAAGUCCCGCUGGACAGAGUCGCUACACUACGGCUAAUUAUCCCCCGCCCACAGAGCCACAGAGCCACAGAGUCAGCACUGGCAUAGCCCAGAUUCAACACCAGGCCGUUAUGGGCUUAUUACUUUAAAUAAAUGAAAUUACAUUUUUUUUAAUCAUCCACAAUUUCACCCUUGCCUUGUGCAAAAUGCGAGAAAGAGGUACAAGGAUGUGCUUGUUCAGUUAGCGUGUGGGGAGAUCUCCUUAAAAUAAAAAUAAAAAAACAUUCUGUUGAGCUUUGACAGCGAGUUAGGGGGUUCAGGGCUGCUGGCCUGUGGUUUUGGGCAGUUUGCGGUGGGGCGGUGUUGCCACUCCAGAAUACGCCGGAUGCCUGCCGGUGUGUUUGUGUUGGGACAUUACCAGUGCGCUGGCUAUAAAUAAAGACCGUUAAAAAAAAAAUCCCCACUUGACCAGAGGGCUUGCGUCCACCGCCAUGUUUUUCUUUAUGG